AUGCUCAUGCUUGCGAAGUCGUUCACACGGCUAUCAAGGACCGUCUUUGUGCGGGGCACUCAGCUGACGAGCGGCGUAGAUAUCCAGCCGGGCAAUAUCAUGGUUCGAAAUCCAGACGAGUCGGUCCUCAGGGCAUAUCUCGAGAAGCGGUUCCCAGAUUCUUACGAGCCAACGGCAUCGACGUCUCCAAGCGGGAUCAUACGAAGCCAGCCACUCCGCGACCAGUGCUUGUGGCAGCAGUCGCCGCAACACAAAGCGUACCUUUUGCACGACCAUUACUUCGGCCACCUCCUCGAGCUGGAUACACUCCAAGUCGCGCUCGCCGACUGGGGGGUCGCCAGCUGGGGGAACAAGCAUCUGACCGAGAUCAUACAACCGGAUCGUCUCCGUGCUCCAGAAGUCAUGCUCAGAGUUCCGUGGGAUAAGAGUGUUGAUUUCUGGAAACUCGCAUGUCUCAUGCCAGAGCUGAUUUUCGGCCAGCUGAUGUUCACGGCAGGCGGAAUGAAGUACUCGCUCAAGUUUCACUUGGACGAGAUCAACGCGCUGCUAGGCGCUUUCCCUUCACACAUGCUCGCAGAGUCGCCUCGACCUCGCGUGGAGGAUAUCUUUGACGGUCAGGGAAAUGUUCGCGAGUCGAAGCUGAAGAGGGUGGUGCCUCUCGAACAGCGGUUUCGCAACUUGACUGAGGGCGAGGGGGGGAAGCUGGUGGAGCUCAUCCGGGGCUGUCUUGCGAUAGAUCGCAGCGAUCGUCCGACAGCAGCGGAGGCACUGGAGAUGCGCUGGCUCUCGCAUGUGUACACCCAAGAGGCGAGAUUGAGGAGGGGAGUGUGA